AUGGAGGGUGCCGCCGCCAGCGCCACCCAGGAGCCUGGACGACGACGACGCGCCGGCUCAUCGACAGGCUCGUCCUUUGUGGCAGUGUCCGACGGCUCGGCCUCCACGAGUCCCUUCAUCGUCACGCCAGCGGUUGGGAGCCCCGAGUCGACCAUCCUCGCAGACAUGUCGCAGCCGUCGUCCUCCUCGGCGCGCACCAGCUCGCGAGUCGCCUCAGCGCCGCCCGUCCCGAACCCACUCCUCAAGGGCAUGCCCGGGCGGGAGCUCUCGGCGUCCAAAACCGACGGCGCCGCGUUCGCCGGCGACCACGCCGCGCCGCCCAUCCUGACAUACCCGGACGACCUGUCCACGACCGAGUUCGACCAGCAUCCCCUCGCCCGCGAGAUGAACCUCAGCUCGGCAGAAAAGGCACGCCUAGGCCUCAUCAUCCCGAAGCAGAUCCCCAGUCGAGACUUUUACAAAAUCAUGCCCAAGAGUCCCAGCAAGGGGCUCAGGGCGUUUAGACGCUUCACGAGCGCAAAGUCGGACGCUCCUCCCGUCCCCCCACUGCCACCCAUUCCGGAGUCUCUCAAGCCCGCGUUUACCAAGGGGCUGGCCAAGCUGCUCGAGAAGCGCAAGCUCCGAAUUGAGCAGGCCGACUCUGAAGCAUCGACGGGAGCCGCAGCGCCGUCUGGCAAGAAAAAUGGCACUCUCUCCGCGGCCUUUGGCCGGAGCAGCGGCAGGCCAGCGCUCAAGACCAAAUACUCUAAUCCGGAGCUACGUUUGCCAAAGUCGAAAGGCUCGCACAAGACGUCCUCGUCCGGCAGCUCUGGCCGCCUCACGCCAACCUCGUCGAGAAGCCCAUCCUGCCCCGUGAGCCAGAGCAUCAACGAGCAAGUCGAGACGUACGACAAAGUCGACAAGAAUCCCGCCAGCUUUGCACUGGCACCCCCGCGAAUAUCGCCCAUGGAAUACACCCGCACAUAUCUCCUCGAGAAAGCCGCCGCGGAGCGCGAGGGCCGCGAGUGUCAGCUGCCACCGCCGGAACAGAACUGGCACUGGACCCGCAACUGGGAGGGCUUUCUCAUCGUUCCCUCCAUCCCGAAGAGCAUCAACCGCGAAGCCCUACCGCAGGUCGCCGACCCCGAGGAACAAGAUGAAUCAGAUGCCGAGUCUAUGACGACGGUCAAGAGGGACGAGCCGCCAUCGGCGCCCUGCCCUAGACUGUCCCUGAACCUUGGUGGCAUGACCACCUUGUUCCCUUCAGUCAUGAACCUUGCGCGUUUGGGUAUGAACGAUGGCAAUGACAGCCUUUCCCCCAGCAGAAGCGAAGCGAGCCACCGGAGGCACAUGCGCAAGAGCCGAAGCUUCUCGCUCCCUCAACACAGCUUUCUAACGCAGAUUACAGAAGAACAAUCAUCAGACAACGACGAGCCUGAGCACAGUCUGCUGGGACUUCGAUCGCGUUCUGCUGAAAGUCUGACUCGCCUUGAGCCUGGAGUCGGCGUCGCUGUACCAUAUGACCACGCCGGAACAAUGGCUUGGCUCAACCGUGCCGAAGUCUCAUCUCUCUACUCAGCCGAGAGCGCCGACACGGCCGUCCGGGUUGACGUCGCUGGACCGAGCACGCCCAAAUCCGCUCCAGCGUACUCACCCUCUUCAUCCCCAACAGUUGGAUCGGACACCGGCCGACGUGGAGAUAUACCGCUUUCGCCCUCCCAAUCUGCUGUGCUGCUGUCGCCAGCAUUGGCCAGGCCCGUGGUCGAGUACAGCCCCGUGUCCUAUGCGUCGUCGUCUAAGAGACGCGCGUCUACAGUGUCAUUGAGUCCCAAACAGAUCGACAAGGUCAAGGCGUUGGUAAAUGUCGGACGUGAAGCCGGGUCAAAAGUCAAUAGUCAAGGGGUCCUCGAGAGGCCCAGCGUGGGGCAGUCGAUGUCCGGGCAGCUGGAACAAGCCGGCUCAGCAGUUGACAACAAUGCGGACCAGACCACUCCCACCACGGAGCCUAGCCUCCAUCCAGCCCCCCUCAAGGUCAAGAAACAACGCUCUCCAGAGGCCAAACAGGGUGACGCGGAGCGCUGCUCCAUCAUGUGGAAGGGCCUCUCCGACGAAAUCGGCCAGAAGCUCGCAGAGUUUAGAAAAUUCGGAGAUGCCGACAUAGCUCGAGAUAGCCUUGCACAGAGAGCUUCGCAGAUCCAGCCUGGUACAGCGUUUACUCCCACCAAGAAGGGCAUGCUCGAGCAGCAUCGCGCGGCGUCUGCGCUCGUGUCACCAUCGUCGUCCGAAUUUACAAUCGACUCGACCUGGGCUCCUUCGCUUGUCAUUCCAAAGAGCGAGAGCCAGUCUGGCUUCACGCCGAGCGGUUCCAAGGCUGAGCACAAGAGGCGCUCGGUGCUGCCCGACUCGCCCACUUUGCCGGCGCAGGACACGUAUGGCCAAGGACACGCUUCGCCGCCGUCGGACUCUCUUGCGAAGCGCCGUCGACAGGAAAAGAGGCAACAGUUGAUGUCUCCAAGACAUAGAGUCCAGUCGGAGCCAGCAGUUCCUGCUCGAGAUGCAAGCAGAAGUGCCUCAUCCCCGGCCCUUCAGCUAAGGGCCGGCCACGGCAGCAGCUCUGCCGGUGGCUAUCCAGCUACGGCAAAGACACUGUCCUCGCGAGACAGCAGCUUUGCUCUCAACGAGUCCAAGGCCGAUGGCUCCGUUACCAUGCUACCGCGACUCAGAGCGUCAACCCCUGGAAGCCGAAGCAGGUCUUCCGGCAGUCAGAUCCCCGUACCAGUCUCUCCUGCGACCCAUUUUGACCAGUCGCCCGGCAAUCGAGUCAAGAGGAGGCCAGCUGCGCUCAGGUCCACGACGCCGCUUGCUUUCCAGCGCUUCGAUACCGCUGCCCGCCUCGCUACAGUGGCGGAGAGCUCCGGCAACAAAAGAAAGUCAUCUACGUCUUCCGCUGACAGGGACGCUCGCACGAUCCGGGGUCCCUCAUCGUUCAGCAACCUGCUCCGCAAGUACAGCCGGUCUAGAAUGAACGAGAAUGACGCAGAGGGCACCAAUGCUGCCCCUCAAGGACGAAAGCAGUCGGGCGGAGACGCUGGAGCGAGGCCAGCGCCCGGCACAGUUAGAAUGAAUGAGCAGCCAAGACGUCUUCGAAAGGUUUCCAGCGAGGGACACGCUCUCAAAGACAAGAUGGAGCAGAUCGAUGAGAGUCGAGAUGGGCUUACGACGAGCUCCGAGAGUCUGAUGGGUCUCCAAAGCUUCAUCGACAAACAAUCGCCAUCCAGACUGCCCUCGCGAUCGCCGGCGCCUUCCAUGCCGUCGGCUACGAACGAGCUGAGGAACCUACCCAAGUCGGAGCCCGCGCACAAGGCCAGGAUGUCUCUCGGCCCUCGCGCCGACCCUAGGCCCAGCCGGAAACUUCAGAAGCCGAGCAGAGAGAACCUGCGGCUCGCUCGCGCGUCUAGCGGACGGUUUUAG